UUCGUGGGCCGAAACAGCACAGUUCUGUAUCUGCUAAGAGUAAGGCACUCCUGUUGGGGAGCCUUCUGCUGGCACGCCCGAAAUGGCAGCAAAAGGCAACUUUAACUUGUAGUUACUAACGCGCACAACGCGCCAGGCCUUGGCGCUGCGCCUAUGGAAGUGUCGCGCCGUAGUAGUACAAACGAAUUGACGUCGCAUGCAAGCAUGCGACCAUCGCGCGACGGGCUCGUGCGACAAACCUCGGGCGGCGACGGUCUCGUGCGACGGGCCCAAGGGAUGAACCUCGGGCCACGCGGGUCGCCGCGAAUCGCAAGCGACGUCGUUCCGUCCGUCGACUGGUCGUCGCGCGAGAGCACUCCUCUCACCAGACCGCUGGCCCCCGACGGCGGCACGCGCGGCGAAGUAUCGAGCGAUUACGAUCCGUCACAAGAUCCUAAUCUCAUUCCUACUACUUGGACUAAUCGCACCAAUGCCGUGCGUAGUAGUAGUGCUAACUCUAGUAGCAUGGCGGGACCUGCUGCUACUAGCAGCAGCUCGAUUGGCUCGUUCGGUUCCCUACUGCGCGGCGCCGUCGAUACGAAAGCCGCCGCCGCCGCCGCCGGCAACUCACCGGCGAGGUGGUUGCCGCCGAUGACGGAGGCUGACGUGGCACUGCCAGGCGACAGCGGCGCCGCCGGAUAUGGCGGUGUCGGCGGAUUUGACUCUCCUCAAACCGCCGGAUUUGACGGAGAGAUGAUAUUUUCACCCGUAGCGUCUUCUAACGGCAGCGUUAUUAUGGCUCUCCCCGCGCUGCCGCACCGCAGCGGUGCUGAUAGCGGGGCUGCGCUUAUCGGGUAUGAGAGUGGCGCCGGCGUUUACCCUGCCGGCCCCUUAUGGACCCCCAGCGACACGACCUCCGAUUCCUCCGCGCUUCGAUGGCAAAGCUUCGCUACCAGUAGUACUAGUCCUAGCAGCGCCCUAACCAGCAGCGCUGUUACCAGCACUGUAACCAGCACUCCUAGUUACGGUGUAACCGGUUGCAUGCCCAAAGUAGUAACCGGCUCUCCUGCCGGUAUCGGCGCGCGCAACCCGCAAUCCGCGCAAAUUCAGCGCGGCUGGGCGCGGGGAGCGCCGCCGGAACCAGUUGGGUGGGCGCUGGAGGCUCCGCUGGCGGCGGGAGCCGCCCCUGCGCCGCCACUGGAGGAAGACUACUGCGCGCAAAAGGCGCGGAGCGGGGAGAGUAAGGGGGAAAACUGCGCGGGAAGCAGCGGCAGUGGCAGCGGAAGCGGGGAGGGAGGCAGCUGGCGCGGAGCCAUUAGCGGCAGUGCCACGGGCGGUACUGCCGUCUCUAGGGGCGGCGGCGUUGCCACCAACAGCAGCAGCAGCGGUGGCGGCGUGCGGCGGUUGCGACACUCGCAGAGUUACAACAGCGAGAGGACCGCUGGUGCAAAUGCCUUCGAGCUACAAUCUCUGUCGCGGCUACAGUCGCUGUCGAGAUUACAGUCGCUGUCCCGUCAGCAGCCACAGCAGCAGCAGCAGCCUGGGCUACAGCCGCUACAGCAGCAGCAGUCCCUGCUGCCGUCUCAGCCGCAGCUACAGCCGUCGUCACGGAGGCAAUCGCUACAGUCGCCGCAGCUACAGCCGCCGUCUCAGCCGCAGCUACAGCCGCCAUCUCGGAUGCAGUCGCUGCCGUCGCGGUGGUUCGAGAAGAUAGACGAGAGCGGGGAGAUGGGCGGAGAGUGGGACAGCGCGGAGGGGGAAGGGGAGGAGGGGGAAGGGGAGGGGAGAGAGGAGGAGGAAGAGGAGGAGCAGGGAGAGGGGGGCGGAGUGGUGGAUGGGACGGGACAGCCGGAAGAGCUUUUUAGGAGCCGGAGCGAACGGACGAAUAGGGUAACCAGCCGUUGUGGGGUUUCAAAAAGCAGCUCGGUGCAGGUUGCGAGCAGGCAGGGCGGGUGGAGCGGGGAAGGGCGAAACUGGGGACAGCAGCAGCAGCAGCAGCAGCAGCAGCACCAGGGGCGGCGGCGCCGGCAGCAGCAGCAGCAGCAGAAGCACGACCGGUUACCGGGUCAGGUUCGGUUCUCGGGUGGAGAAAAGGCUGAUUAUAACGGGUUGCGCCAAGGCGAAGAUGCUUAUAACGGGAACGGUUUUGGCGAGGGUGCGGGGGGCUCGUCGUCCGCGCGAGGCUCGUUCGCGCGGAUGCACAAGUCCCGAAGCAGUGGAAGCCUGGUGGAGGCGGGAUCUGAGGACGGACGUUUCGAGGGAGGGUAUGGAAAGCAAAACCUGGGGGAGGCGGGUGCUGGGGAAGGGCGAUGGGGGAGGGAGGGCGGUUGGGAAGGGCAUGGGGGAAGCGGGAGGGGGGGUCGUGAGGGGACGGGGAGGGAGGGGAGUUUGGAUGGUGGGAUGGAGGGGGUGUGGAGGAGGGGGGGAGGGAGAGUGCAAGGGGAGCGGAAGGGAGGGGAAGAGGAGCGGAAGGGAGGGGAAGAGGAGCGGAAGGGAGGGGAAGAGGAGCGGAAGGGAGGGGAAGAGGAGCGGAAAGCGAAGAGGGAGGGGCGCGGAGGGGGAGGGAAGAGCAGGGGGAGGAGGCGGAAGAGGAGGAAGUGGAGGAGGAAGAGGAGCGGGGGGAGUGUUCAGCGGAGGAGGAGGAGGAUAGCGAAGGGGCGGAGGGGCAACGAGUGGUGUUCUUUAAUGACACGGACGGCAGCGCUGAUGCUGAUGGGCGUGAUGAUGGGCAUGGGGAUGGUGAUGGGGAUGGUGGCUAUGGGCAUGGGGAUGGGGAUGGUGGCUAUGGGCAUGGGGAUGGGGAUGGCAGCGCUGAUGGUGAUGAGCGUGAUGAUGGGGAUGGUGGCUAUGGGCAUGGGCAUGGGGAUGGGCAUGGUGGCUAUGGGCAUGGGCAUGGUGGCUAUGGGCAUGGGCAUGGGGAUGGUGACUAUGGGCAUGGGAAUGCUGCUGCCCAUGGUGGGGAGAGUAGACAGGGGAAGAGACGUGGGAGGAGGCGCAGGAGCGGGAGUGCCAGAGGGGAGAGUGUGAGCAGGAGCAGCGGCAGCGGGUUUGAGAAAGGCAUGAGCG